UCCUCUCAGAAGAUGUGGUAAUCUCGGGUGGAAAUACAGACGCGGUUUGGUCACGAGCCAGCAGAACCAGCGUUGCAAAGCUGCAGCAUCUUUCAACGUCGGCGCAGAGGAAGACCGUGUUGUUUACGUUUGACAUGCACAGAGUCUUCACUGAGUCGAGAGGUUCGUGCCACUAUGGCACACGUCCACAUCAUGGCCGCCUUGUAACCAGCAUCUACUUACUCUAUGGCGAUAUGCAGCAUCAGGCCAACAACCAGCGACGCACGGUUGUCGUUUUGUGGUGCCAGGCGUCAUCCGAGCUCGUCGUCCAAGUACCAGAAAUAAUCGCCUGUAUGUCUCGUGGAAUGGAUCGCGUUAAUUCGCGCAUGCAGUAUGGGAAUUCCACGUUGACAUCUGUGUAUCUUUCCUGUGCAGAAGACAAUGAUAACGACCAGUCUGUCUUGGACAUUGUCGAUGCGGAUUUUAUUACGGGGUUGUGGCAGCAAAGUGCUUUCGCGAACAAGGUGGACUUCCGUGUCAAGAGUCAGUAUUUGCUCAUCUUGUGGACAUUUUUCACGGAUAUAGAACUGAACGACGUCGUCUUCAGCGCCAAUACGAUCCGUAUGUACCUCGGGUCAUGCCUACAACAAGCUGAGGCAGCAUCAAGAAGUCAGGCAAGAGCUCCGAUGGAAGAUAUCUGGGACUUUUUCUUCCGAGAUAUCUUAACCAAUGUGUUUACUCCUCCAUCCUGCAGGAAGCCAGCGUCUAAUAUCGACGCAGAAUCGUUGCCGACACUCCAAAGUACGACAAUCAGACUUACUGUCCAGUUAUUCCUUCUAGCAUUGUCAUCUCAUGCCGUUGAGAAUCUCCUCCGCUCUGCGUUGCAUGCGACCAAAGAUGCGGUGAAUAAAAUACAACUGCAGAAGCUGUUUAUCUCGCUCGUGGUGGAUGUGUACGACGCACUGAGCAUCAUGUUUAGCGGAAUGAUAUCGGAUUUUGAUGGGCAAGCUGAAAAUGGCCUGUCGGCUUCACUGCCCACACUUGUAGAUGGUGUGAUAUCGCUUUUGUACUGCCACAAACGCUUUGCUGCGUUGCAACCAGAAAUAUUCAGCCUAUUCAAGUGUCCACAGGUUUUAACGAGCGCCUUGAACCGGGUUUUCCAAGUUUUUACAGCUCAAGUGCGGGAGACAAUAAUCGCCUCGGUGACUACACAGAAACAGAGGCUUCGAGGCGGUUGCAAGUACCGCUCGCUGCUUGAGCCGGGCUCCGUACAAGUUCGAGAUAUCUACGAUCGAGAUGUGCUCAGCAAGAUUAAAAUGGCAGAGAUCGCUCAAUUUAUCCGCGAGUUCGGAUGCAUUGACUUGGAGAUUGGAGAGAAUGCAUUGUGCCUAUCGUUGCUCUCGGUGUUUUCUUUCUCGGACGGUAUGUCUGCUUCACCGAUGAAAUUGGUAUUGAACGAGAGACUUCGAGUUUUCCGUGUGCUCCCCAGUGGUGCGUCGUCAAUGAUCACAACGGUGGGAGGAUGGUCCAUCGGCGACUAUAUGGGUUUGCUGUCAGAUGAUGCACAGUCCGUGGACAUUGACUUAUUCGCGUAUAAGGAGAUAAAAUAUGAAGAGAAGGAUCAAGAACUGAUGACUGGUGAAGUGACGAUGGUGCGACAAAUUAGACUAUCAUUAAGGCUGGAAAAGGAGCAGCACAGCAACUUUAUGAGCCAAGACCCCAGCAACACUAUUGCAAUCGUGGAUGGAAUGGUGUACGCGUCGACAACAGAAGACAAUGAUAACGACCAGUCUGUCUUGGACAUUGUCGAUGCGGAUUUUAUUACGGGGUUGUGGCAGCAAAGUGCUUUCGCGAACAAGGUGGACUUCCGUGUCAAGAGUCAGUAUUUGCUCAUCUUGUGGACAUUUUUCACGGAUAUAGAACUGAACGACGUCGUCUUCAGCGCCAAUACGAUCCGUAUGUACCUCGGGUCAUGCCUACAACAAGCUGAGGCAGCAUCAAGAAGUCAGGCAAGAGCUCCGAUGGAAGAUAUCUGGGACUUUUUCUUCCGAGAUAUCUUAACCAAUGUGUUUACUCCUCCAUCCUGUAGGAAGCCAGCGUCUAAUAUCGACGCAGAAUCGUUGCCGACACUCCAAAGUACGACAAUCAGACUUACUGUCCAGUUAUUCCUUCUAGCAUUGUCAUCUCAUGCCGUUGAGAAUCUCCUCCGCUCUGCGUUGCAUGCGACCAAAGAUGCGGUGAAUAAAAUACAACUGCAGAAGCUGUUUAUCUCGCUCGUGGUGGAUGUGUACGACGCACUGAGCAUCAUGUUUAGCGGAAUGAUAUCGGAUUUUGAUGGGCAAGCUGAAAAUGGCCUGUCGGCUUCACUGCCCACACUUGUAGAUGGUGUGAUAUCGCUUUUGUACUGCCACAAACGCUUUGCUGCGUUGCAACCAGAAAUAUUCAGCCUAUUCAAGUGUCCACAGGUUUUAACGAGCGCCUUGAACCGGGUUUUCCAAGUUUUUACAGCUCAACCGGGCUCCGUACAAGUUCGAGAUAUCUACGAUCGAGAUGUGCUCAGCAACAUUAAAAUGGCAGAGAUCGCUCAAUUUAUCCGCGAGUUCGGAUGCAUUGACUUGGAGAUUGGAGAGAAUGCAUUGUGCCUAUCGUUGCUCUCGGUGUUUUCUUUCUCGGACGGUAUGUCUGCUUCACCGAUGAAAUUGGUAUUGAACGAGAGACUUCGAGUUUUCCGUGUGCUCCCCAGUGGUGCGUCGUCGAUGAUCACAACGGUGGGAGGAUGGUCCAUCGGCGACUAUAUGGGUUUGCUGUCAGAUGAUGCACAGUCCGUGGACAUUGACUUAUUCGCGUAUAAGGAGAUAAAAUAUGAAGAGAAGGAUCAAGAACUGAUGACUGGUGAAGUGACGAUGGUGCGACAAAUUAGACUAUCAUUAAGGCUGGAAAAGGAGCAGCACAGCAACUUUAUGAGCCAAGACCCCAGCAACACUAUUGCAAUCGUGGAUGGAAUGGUGUACGCGUCGACAACAGGUUGGAGCCGCAAGCUAUUUGAAAUUCCAACUGCAAAGCGCGGCGAGAUUUGGAAUGCAGUGGAGUGGUCACCGUUCAUAAAGAGCAAUGUUGGGUUUAUUGCUGUUCGGAAUUUCAAUUGAUGAAACUGUGUAAGAGCGCGCCCGACAUUUUACGGAGACACCAACAGUGUGAGGCUUUGCGCAAUGUCGACAUUGUUUGGACGAUUUCGUGAUCUUAAUAAUUAUUCGUGAAAGCAGAAAACAAC